AUGGCCGCCGCCCUCGUCCUCGCCACGGUCUCCGCCCUCGUCGCCGCCCAGGGCGCGCACGCCUCCCUCUUCUCCGUACCGCGGACGUUCCCGAACAUCACCGCCUGCGCCAGCGAGCCCUCCGUGUAUUCGUGCGAGAACACGACGGCGAUCGCCAACACUUGUUGUUCGCCCACGCCUGGCGGUCUCGUGCUCCAGACCCAGUACUGGGACACCUACACCGGUUACGAGCGCAAGGGCCAGCUCCUUCCCAAGGGCAGCUGGACCAUCCACGGCCUCUGGCCCGACAACUGCGACGGGUCGUACGAGCAGUACUGCGAUUUCUCUCGUCAGUACGACCCCGCUCCGUCACCUGCCGUUCUGCCCGGCAACACGACCGUCCCUGUUUACACUGGUCCUGGCGUCGACACCUUCGUCGCCAAGUUCGGCCGCCUUGACAUGCUCGACUUCAUGAACAAGUACUGGGUGAGCCAGGGCCAGCCCAACGAGGCCUUCUGGGCGCACGAGUUCUCGAAACACGCGACCUGCACGUCCACCUUCGACGCCGUCAUCCGCGCGUUCAAGAUGUACCCCACCUACGAGAUGCUCGCCGCUUCUGGCAUCUUCCCGUCGAACCACACGACGUACCCGCUCGCCCAGAUCCAGACCGCGCUCAAGGCCCAGACCGGCGCCGUGCCCUACCUCGGCUGCGGCAGUAACGGCACCGUCCUCCAGGAAGUCUGGUACUUCAGCCACGUCCUUGGCACCGAGCAAUUCGGGCACUUCAAGCCCCUCGACUCGACCACGAAGUCCAGCUGCUCAACCACGGUGCCGAUCCACUACUACGAGCGCACGAAGACCUCGGAGCGCGAGGUCAGGAACGACCUCUUCUAA